AAGAGAAGACCCAUCUUACUCAUACAGUCAAAUGGGCCAAAUGGAGAGCAAAGGUGGGUAUUUGGCCGAAGAUGUGUUGAUCGAGAUAUUGUCAAGAAUGUCUGUGAAAUCUCUGCUGCAAUUCAGGUGUGUCUGCAAAUUUUGGAAAAAUCUGAUUGAUAGUCCCGCUUUCAUUUCCGUUCAUUUACAACACAACAACGAAAACAAGGACAAUGCCCGUCUGGUGGUAUACUAUCACAAUGAGCUUAGGGACAUGGGGGACAUCGUCUUGUUCCCGGACAAAACGCUUACAGUGCCCACAUAUCACAAUAUGGGCAUAUCCUUCCCCGUAUUUAAUCGGCUUGGUGGUCCUAUUAAUGGUGUUUUUUGCUUAUGUGACAAAAGUAAACGCAUUGCUCUGUGGAAUCCCGCGACAAGAGCAUUUAGGUCUCUGCCAUUGUUGCGCACGAAAUUGUUUCCGCGUGAUUGGUUCCCUCGUCACUGCGGCUUUGGAUUCGGGUUAGAUCCCACCAGUGAUGAUUACAAGGUAGUUUGGAUUCGGACUUUUGAUGACAGGAACACCGAUAAAUGGGGCCCAUUGAUGGAUCCCAUACAUGUUGCUGUGUACACUUUGAGCACAGAUUCAUGGAAAGAUUUCAAGGGUGAUGCUCCCGAUUGUCUACGUUUUUUGAUAGAUUCUUGCUUCGAUUCCUACUUGAAUGGUGUUUAUUACUGGUGGUCUAAAUCUGUAUAUAGAAAGCUGGUUUCGUUUGACAUGGGGAAAGAGGAGUUCAAAGAGAUUCAAGGGCCACCUGAUCUUCACCAAGACUCAGAAUGCGAGAUUCUUACGUUGUACAAUGGCUCUAUUGCGCUGAUUUAUUCUCAUUCACGAGUGCCACUAGAUGCCUGGGACUCAGCUGAGCAGUCAUCAGUUACCGUGUGGGUACUGAUGGAGGAGGAGGACAGAAUGGGAUGUUGGAUCAAGCAAUUAAGUAUCGGACCGCUAGAUGGAAUGAUGAUUCCAGCUGGGCUGUGGAAGAAUGAUGAGGUCUUUCUUGAAACUACAACUGGCCACCUGGUCUUGUAUGAUCCUAAUACCCAACUUGUUAUUAUGGAUCUCCAAAUCUUAGCCCAUAGUUUUCGUUGCCUAGACCUUCAUACCUACACCGAAAGCCUUGUUUCAGUCCAUGGGGAUGGUGAGCCAGACCCAGGAGAACAUAAAAAUCCAUCGGGUGUCAUUAAAUUACCCCGAUCCUUUCUCUAUGAUCAUCCAUACUUAGGACACAGCAAAAAAAAAAAGAAAAACCGCCAUACAUAG